AUGUUUAUGCUGAAGACACUGAAGACAAUGUUUGAGAUAUUGUCCAGAAGUAGGCCUAAUCUCAAAGUGUUUGAACUGAAGGGACUAUACCAGUACGACCCGAAAAACACCGAAAUGACAGCUUUUGUUACGGCCGUGAACACAUUUCUGGAGCAGCAGAAAAAUCUGGAGAAGUUUUCAAUGGAGGGCACAUUCAUUGAACUAAAGUUUGUGCAAAAAUUCCUAGAAAUUCUAGGCUCAUCUUCAGGGGAGAAAAUGAAAAUAAUUGUGCUCAGGGAUGAAGACUAUUUCUUUACUAACAGACCGAUUGAUGGUUUCGAUACCGUCUUAACAAAGUUUAGAAACUUACACAGACUUGAUAUUGGAUACAUCAACCAACAAUUGAUAGAAAACCUAUCAAACAGUCUUGGGAUUAAUUUCACACAAUUGUUUAUCACUGUCCACGGCCUAGAAGCAAGCAUUAGCGACACGGCAUGGGUGGCUCUAAAAAAAUCAUGUCCUGAUCUUGUGGUGACCUUUCGUGUGACUAGUGGGUUAGGUAUUGUCCUAUUGACGCCAAGCAUCCCCUUGAUCAGCCUAACAGUAGCAGCGCCUCUCUCACACCAGUUUGAAAUUGCAAACAUAGCAACGCUGUACCAGCAUACACUGGAAGAACUUCAUAUAGAAUAUCAUUUAGGAGAGCAAGAACUAUUUGAAGAUUUUUGUAAACAUUUAGCUUCAUUUCAACGCUUACGGAAGUUUUCGAUGUCCAUGA